AGGGGAGAAAACGUAACUCACCCAACCUGUCGACCGGACCCGAGCAGGCGAGCUGAGCCCAGUUCACGCGACGCGCCGGCGGCCGGCCUACGUCGCGUCCCUCUUCGUCCACCCUGCGCCGCGUUCCGCCCACCGUAGCGCUCCCGCCCUCCGCGGCGCUUCCCUUGCCUCCUCCGCGUCCCUGACCUCCGCCGAGCUCCCUCGCCGCAUACCUAGGUUCUGCUCGGCCACCGACGGCGGCGCCCCGGCUCGGCGCAGGGGGAAACGAUGGCGGCGAAACUUGAACAAUCUUCUCCUGCCCGACAAUUAAAGCCUAUCAUGUCACCAUCUUUGCCUCCCAAGUUGUCAAUGUUCGGGGCAAAAGCGGGAUUCGUCAUACCAAAAAAUAAGAUACCAGGCUCAAUGAUUAUCCGCAAGGUUGAAGCACCAACUGUCCCCAAGGAAGAGAACCCUAAACCUCUCAAAAGAAACACAAAGUGGGGGCCUGAUCUUACCUCCGAUCCUGCCGUCAGGAAAGCCAAAGCUCUUGCUUACCAGACUCGAGUGGAGCAGAUUACAAAAGAGCUGGCAUCUGGAGCUCUAGUGAUAGGAGGAAACGAAGGCUCAUUGUUUACGGCAAAGGGUUCAAGUUCUGAUGGUGCUGAAAAUCCAAAAGAGAAUGAGGGGAAGAUUAAACUCUUGGAGCUUGAAAAACGAGAAAUUAUUGGAGAAAUACUCCAACUAAAUCCAGCAUACAAGGCUCCUGAUGAUUACAAGCCAUUACUUAAGGAGACAAAAAUCCCUCUUCCUACAGAAGCACAUCCAGGACAAAACAUCAUUGGGGUUCUUAUAGGACCUGAGAGAAACACCCAGAAGCGGCUACAGGAGGAAACUGGAGCUAAAAUACGAGUUUACGGGACUAAGAAAGGCAGUGGUGAAAAGGCUGAGGUUCGCCAGCCAGAUGUACAUGAAGCACAAGCUGCUUAUGAGGACAUAUACAUACAUGUGUCAGCUGACUCUUAUGACAAAGUUGAUGCUGCAGUUGCGUUGAUUGAGAUGCUUCUUACUCCUGUCUCAGUAAAUUCAACAGAUACUUCAGAAACAGCUGUUGUUUCUUCGGCAGUUACCUCUAGUGGUGUAAACCCAGCUGAUAUGCAACAGGGGCAGAGCACCACUUCUCAGCCUGGCUUAUUUCAGUACCAAUCACACAGUUCUCAUUGGCUUUCCAUUUCUCAAACCAGUGCUCCAUCAAUUCCUUCCUCAGGGCCUACACCGAGCCCAUUACCCAACAAUUCAUUGCAGCUGCAACCUCCUGUUGGUUCUUUCAGCAUGCCACCAUAUACAGGACAACCUCCUCACAUGAAUUUUAUGCCAAGAAACACACCGCCUUUUCAUGGAUUUCAGCCAUCAAUGCCAAACAAUCAACAAUCUUCACAGCAGUUCCAAGCCAACCCCUCUAUUGAACCAUCUUUUGGUCAACCAGCUGGAAAUGCUUACAACACACAACCAUUGCCAUCUUCUGCGGCCCAACUGCCUGUUAGACCCCUUCAAACACCCCAUGCGUCUGGAGGAUGGCCAACUUUCUCCCCUGCUAUGGCACAAUCCCAGAGACCUUCACAAGGUGCACCGAGUUUUAUGCCAAUGAGACCCCCUAUUUCUGUCUCACCAGUUCUAUCGGCACCUUCUCAGUCAAAUAUGUCCACCAGCUAUGGAACUCAGAAUCCUCCAAGAGCAAACUUCACUCCUCCAGCAACAUUACAUUCCAGGCCUCCUGGUGGCCCCCAGUCUUUUCCUUCAGUUUCAUCUCAUGGUCCCACGUUGGUGCAAGUACUAUCAUCUCCUGUUGGGGCGCCACCGCCGCAAACUUACCCACCAUCGAUGCAAAUGCGUCCUCCCAUGUCAACACCUCCUCAAAUGAGAGGCACACUUUCACCUUUCCCUCAAGCUGGACCAACACCUGGCAAUGCACAAGUGGCACCUUCAUCGCGCCCACCUGCUGGUAUGCACGGGUUGUCUUUCUCAAGUUCAGCAAACACAGGCUACAAUCAGACAUCAAUAGCUGCUUUCAGACCUCCACGUCCAGCCACAGGUGAUUUUACCUUUAGGCCUCACGUGCCACCUUCGGCUGAACAUACAGCUUCAGCGGGCCAAAUGGGAGCUCAAGCUAACUCUCCAUUUGGUUUACCCCAAGCAUCGCCGUUCCGUCCUGCCAAUCAUGGCCCCAUUUCCCCAGUUCAAGGUUUCCAAAGGCCUCCAGAUGGAAGUCAUAUGAGUCAGGCUCGGAUGCAUGCUCCACCUCCACACUUCCACGGAACCUUCCGUGGGAAUCCACCUGCUCAUGAAUCACAUAACGGGUUUCGACCAUUCCCUCCAGCAAAUCCAUCAAACAGAAUGCCGUUUCAUUUCUUGCCACCACAGCAGAAUCCAUUUCCUAAUGCAAACGGGCAAGGUGGCAAUCCAGGUGGCCCAAAUCCGAUAUACGAUCCUUUUGCUCCCACAUCAGUGUCAGGGGGGAGGAAAGAAGGCGGCGGCUGACCCUGUCUACUGAGAAUCUCAUGCAGUCGGUUGGCUCGGAAGGAGGAGACGUUGAUAACAUCUCUGUCCUGGAAUCAAAGUUGCAAUACGAAGGGAGUUGAGCCUUGAGUGGUCGAGGUGCUUAACUUGUACCAUUGCUCUCCCCCUUUUUGUUUUGACAGAAGCACACCGUGUCGAAGGAGACAUUUCUUGCAUUUGCGGCUAUUUGUUUUUUUUUUUUUUUUGAAAAGGAGGAUAUACCCUGGCCUUUGCAUCUCGACGAUGCGGCUAUUUGUACGUUCAAAUCUUCCAUUAAAGAAAGAAACAGAGAUGCCUGUGCUGUUUUGCUUUUCGAGCAAGCGAAACUCA